AUGAAUUUUGUUAUCUCAUUGAUUACAACUGCUUUUGCCUCCUUUAAUUUGGCAUAAUUUCUUUAAGAUGCCAUCUACACUAUAAAUCUGGACCCAUUGCUUCAACCAGUUGCUCCAAAGAUUUAGUUCUUUGAAGAGGUGGUAAUUGCUGCAAAUGAACUUGAAUUUUGCUUUUAUCCAUCAGCUGCUCUCCAUAGUCCACUCUUCAUCAUGCCAUAUCUAGAGACUAUUGGAGUCGAUGAAAGAUACCAUUACAUUAUUAGUCCUGCAAGGUUAUAGACAGGAUUCAAGAAUAUUAACAAGCCAACUAAAGAUUAGAUUCCUUUCAUUACUCACAGUGUAUGGUUAACUAAUCCAAGAAAUCCAAAAGAAAUGCUCUCAUAAGUUGAUGAAUCUUCUAUGCAUGGAUACGACUUCCAUUUGAAUGUUACUCACGCAACAUUGAGUAAACACAACUUCACAUCAUACCUAUGGACAAACAAUAUUGAUGUGCUUCCAGAGACAUAAAAAUGGGCUCUAAAGCAGGGAGUUAUAAUGAGAGAACUCUCAGAAUUUUCCAGUGUUAAAGAGCAUAAACCGAUCCUUGAUGAAAUUGAUAGAUCUAUUGAAUUGAAAUAAUUUGCUGGAGGUGCUGACAUAGCUAGACUUUUGAUAUUGUAUGAGCUUGGUGGGUUAUAUACUGAUCAAGACCAUUAAAUAAUUCAAUAUGAUCCUCUACUUAAUAAAAUGAACCUUUUUUUCUAUGAGCAUAUUAACGUUGGAUUCCACACAUUAGAAAAUUCAUUAAUAGGAGCAAGCCCAAAAAAUAAUUAUAUCUUGGAAUAUAUGAGAUCAGCAGUUCGCACAAGGUAAGGCUAGCACACUUCUCAUUUUGAGUCAUCAUGCUAUUAGAAAUCAGAACGCUAUAUCCACUAUGAAACAGGACCAUUCAGAAUGUCUAGUGUGUUCAACUAAUUGUUAAUCAACGGUAAUUUGGAUGAUUAGCUAUUAGUUGUAUUGGACUAAAAAAUCACAUUUGAUGGGUUCAAUUACAUUAAUAGCACAGAGGUUUCAUAAUACAAUAAUGUAGUUUUCAAAGAUGGAACUCAUAACUUAAAUGUUUAAUUUAAGCACCAUCCAACUGGCUCUUGGAAGGAUCCUAAUUAAGAAAAAAGAUUUUACGGAUGGUAAAAUAAAAACAGUGGUCGAUCAGAUUAUUAGACGGCUUUAAUAUAAAGUUGA